AGAAAAAUGAAGAACCAGUCAAUGGAGAUAAAAUUUAUUUUGCUUAGACUCACAGAUGAUCCUCAGCUACAAAUUGUGGUUUUCAUGUUUCUGUUUUUCUAUUACAUCUUGGGCCUGAUGGGGAACUUAAUUGUCAUCCUGCUCACACUGCUGGAUCCCCACCUCAAGACUCCAAUGUACUACUUCCUUAGAAAUUUCUCCUUCUUAGAAAUUUUAUUCACAACGGCCGGCAUCCCACGGUUCUUGAUAAGCAUUCUCACUGGAGACAAAAUAAUUUCCUAUAAUGGUUGUGCAACUCAAUUCUUCUUCUUUUUUUUAUUAGGAAUUACAGAAUUUUACCUUCUAGCUGCCAUGUCCUAUGAUCACUAUGUUGCCAUUUGCAAACCCCUGCAUUACCCAAUAAUCAUGAACAACAAAGUGUGUCACCAACUUGUGCUCAGCUCCUGGGUAACUGGAUUCUUAACAAUCUUUCCCCCUUUGCUGUUGGGACUCAAGCUCAAUUUCUGUGCUUCCAGAAUGAUUGAUCACUUCUUAUGUGACACAUCUGUCCUGCAGCUCUCUUGCACAGAUACACAUUUCAUAGAAUUAAUGGUUUUUGUUUUAGCUGUGAUUACACUUGUCAUCACAUUGUUGCUAGUGGUUCUGUCCUACAUAGUCAUCAUCAAAAUCAUUCUCAAAUUUCCUUCUGUUCAACAGCAAGCCAAGGCCUUUUCCACCUGUUCCUCAAACAUGGCUAUUGUCUCUGUUACUUAUGGGAGUUGUAUCUUUAUGUACAUGAAGCCAUCAGCAAAAGAAAGGGUGACUUUCACUAAAGGUGUAGCUGUGCUCUAUACUUCUGUGGCCCCUUUACUAAACCCUUUCAUUUAUACUCUAAGGAACCAGCAGGUAAAAGAAGCUUUCAAGCAUAUGCUUCAAAUGUUUUGUUCUUUUGAAAACAAGGGAAAAUUUAGACAUUAA